AGCCAACACUAGACUUGAGAAACUCGUGGUUGCGGCCGCAUUGUUUUUGUUGCGCAGAUUUUGAUUCGAUUUGAUGUGUGAAACUGCUGUUGAGCCUAGAAGAAGCCUCAGAGUACCCAGGCAGGAUGUCCAUGCGGCGCCAGCGCAUCAAGGCUCCGGCCAACCUGUCGCUUAUCAAACGCAAGCCACGCAGGGAGGAGCUCCCAACGACGAAAAAGGAGGAUGAGGAGGAAGAGGAGGUGGUGGUGGAAGCAGCGACUGGGUCCCCGCCCGUUGCAUCGGCCCCUGCUGCGGAAUUGGAACUAGAGGCUGAUGCAAUCGCCUUCAAGAUGCCCGCAAGCUCAGCUGGGCAGCUGGAAGAUGUAUUCCACUCGGACCUCGAGGACAAUGUCAUUCAGAUGGACUUGCAGAAGACCACCAAUGGCUUCCCUAUGUCGCCCAGCAAGGCCCAAGCCCGUCAGCGUGUGCGACCCACUCCGGUAUUUGGACAGCGACGCAACAGCUUCGUGGGCUCACCCAUGGCCAGUGAUUAUGAGGGCGACUAUCAGUCUCCAGCCACGCCCACGCGGCGAGAGCGCUAUCUUAGCGGUUCUUCAUCGGGAACUCCUUUGCAGCAGCAGGUGCACUCGCCUAUGCCUCCGUCCCCCUAUAAAUACCUUCCGCCCGCCAGUCCGGGCAUGGGACGCAUUCGCACCGAAUCCACCUGUUCCACCUAUUCCGAAGGAGGCAGCAAGCAGAGGAAGGGCGAUGAUAAGUCGCAAAGUCAAGGUGGGCAGCGGUUAAAUGCCCGGCGAGACUUUGAAACGCGUUUCAAUAAGGGUGUGCCCGACAAGUCCACAUUCAAGAUGAUGGACAUGAUUUUCUACAAUCCGGAGAACAAUCCCAUGGUGCCCAAACAGUCGGUGACAACCAUCAAGGAUGAGUCUGGUGGCGAUGAUUCCAAGCCCGCAGUCGGUCAACUAUUGGAACCCAAGGGAGAGUCCACAUCCGCUAUGUUAGUGCCUCAGCUAAAGCUUGAUGCCAAUGGCGAGAUGAUCAUUGAUGAGAAAACAUUGGAGAUCGAAACCACGGCCGAGGUGGAGGCACGCAAGGUGCUAGCCAACUCAUCUUUAAUCCUAAUGGACGAGACUACGGGAGAUAAUGGAUUCUAUAAACGCCACAAGCGCACACCAUACUGGACCUCCGAUGAGACCGUCCGCUUCUACCGCAGUCUGCAGAUCAUCGGGACGGACUUCUCGCUAAUGUGCCAAAUGUUUCCAACACGUUCGCGUCGGGAUCUGAAGCUGAAGUACAAAAAGGAAGAGCGAACCAAUGGCCAGCUCAUAAACAAAGCACUACUCUAUCCUAAGGCCUUUAACAUUCAAGAGCUCAAGGAUCAACUGGAAGAGGAGGACCGCGAACGGGAAGAAAAUGAUCGCCAGUGGAGGGAAAUCGCACGAGCUCUUCCGGGAAACCCUAAGAAGCGUUCUCGAGUACAGCCGCAGAGCAAGGCAUCAAGGGCCCUAAACGAUGGUGAUGUUGUCUACGAAAACGAGCACGUGACGAGUACAAAGCUCGGCAAGCACGCCUGGGCCAAAAGGCGAAAGGAGUUGGAGACCGAUGAGAACGACGGGAGUGGGCCGGCUAAACGAAAGCCAAAGGCUAAGCGACGAUCUCCCAAAGUUCCAGUUCUAGCGGCAACGGAGAGUCUGUCGGAUGUGGCGGCCAUUAAGCAGGAAAAAACGAUCAAAACCGAACAAACGAGUAGUCAUUUGCCAACGGGGGGAGAACUGCAGGCUGAGCUCAAUGGCCUCCUGAUGGAUGAUCCGGUGGAAUAUGACGUAGAUUUAAACAAGCCACGUGAUAAAACUAUGAUCAAUAUGGAUGAUGGUACCCUAAGCUAUGUCAGCGACAUUGAACCCGCCACAGAGACUCCCAAUCGAAAGGCAGAAACAUAUUUAAUAAACUUCAUUGGAGACCAAGAUCAUGGUCAUGAAGUUAUAACGCCGGAUGACCCCAUUCCGCCGUCCACUACCGAACCGGAUAUCGAACAAAUUCUCGCGGAGCUUGCGGAAGGAUCUUUGGCCCUCGUCUCGUCCCUGGAUCCAGAGCACGAGGAUCGUGUGCUCAACGAAAUCUACAUGCUGGACAAAAAGACGGGCGAGUUGUGCGAAACGCCGCUGAAAAUACCAGAGCAUAUUGUUCAAUGCAUAAUGAAUGUUAUGCAGCCAGAGGACUAACGACAUUUUAUAUUUAUAUCUUAAGAGUAUUUGUUAACAGUUAUAAUUUAUUAAAGCAUUUCGCUAGA